AUGGAGGAUGUUCGAGGAUGGAACGCUGGUCGCCGUCCGCAAACAAGUCGCGCUGACACCCUUCACAUCCAAUCUACGGCUUGGCCAUCAUCACAAUCGCAAUCGCCUCGCUCGCCACUCCGUCCCAGUAGAUCUGUGACAAAUUUACGAUCACCUACGAUAGACCAUCCACCUGUGCCGCCUCUACCUGUCGAAACCUACACCCAGGACCUGGAUCUGCUUCCACCACCGCCUCCUUAUGAGGUCCGAAGGGUCCGCAGCUCAUCUGCCCUCUCAGUCGCGUCGCCAUCCGUCACCACAAGCACAGAGCAAGAAGCCUCAUCGUCGAAAUGGAAGACUUUUUGCGAAGAAGCUCAAUUCAAGGCUAGUGGACUCAUUGGAAAAGCUGUCGAGUCAAAUAAACACUAUAGUGUUAUCCGUCACUCAUCUUGGUUGGUCUGGUACCAGGGGCCGCAGACGUCAGUGACACUCACCAUCCUGUCGGACCGACCCCUGCCACCCAACAGGACGGUAUGGCUGCAGAAAAAGGGUCACUCUGGAAACAUGGGCAUGGCGCUCAAGGCAAUGGUCAAUUCUGGGGAUGGUCUAGUCGACGUGACGCCGGUGCAGGAAGCGCAGGUCCAGCAGAUUCCUGCAACUAAAGAACGCAACAUACAGCGGGAUAUUGACAACUUCAUAGCAAAAGCAUCAAAGGGGAAGAAGCACAUCCCUAGGGAGACACAUAUGAUUCGUAUUCCUGCCUCAGCAACCGAUGGGUAUUAUCGACUGGUCGUGCGUGGUGGAAAAGACGACAAGAACAAGAGCAUUCUGUGUGAAUGCACUGUUUUCCGGAUAGCAAGUUCAUCUGCGGAUCCAGCCGUUGUCCGCGGCGCCAGUCUCAAGACUUUGCCUUUGGAAAUGGGUAUCAGCAUUGGCACAACUAUUGCGCGACAGGUUGCCAAGAAGUACACUGGCGUUGCCGGGGCGGUGGUGACAAACAGGGCUGGCAAGAUUGUCGCUAAGCAAUCCGUCAAGAAGGCCACCACGGUGGCUCUCAAGGGUUAUCACGGUGUCGGAGGGCCAGGACUCCAAGACGCCGUGCAGGAAAGUUGGAGGCGUCAGAGGGCAGCUGGCCCAGUUCUAGUCGGUGAAUAUACCACGGAAGAGGUGGUCACCGUUAUCGGGGCCGACGACGGACCUGUUUCCCCUUUCCCCAAACAAUUCAAAGGCAGGAUAGUGCGAGGCGCGGGACGGUCUGCCACGGAACUUGGUUUUCCAACAGCCAGCUUGGCCGAUGUCCCGGGUGACGUCAAAGUAAAUCUGCCAGGAGUAUUUGCGGCAUGGGUAAUGAUUCUCCCAGGCAAGAAGAAUGUGCCUGACGGUCUAUCGCCAGAUUGGCAUCCAGCCAUUGUGACUAUCGCACCUCGUCGUGGCGCUGCUCCUACUGUUGCCAUGGAAAACGAAGUGUCUGUCCACAUCCUCAACGACUUUGGCAACGUUUACUUCUUCGAAAGCAGACUCAGCGUUCUUCUAAUGGGAUGGCUGCAUGCUCCCAUGGCGUUGACUUCUUCCGCCACCGACGUCCUCUAUCAGCAUGAAAUGGAUAUCAACACCACGAUGGCGAGCUUAGACCGAGAGAACUGGCAGCCCGAGGGGACGAUUGAGCGCAUGAGGACAUUGAAGAGCGGGAGAAGCUUUUCAGAGCGUUUAGACAGCGCGACGAGUAAGGUGAUUCAACGUGUGGACACGAUCCCUUUGCACCUGGUGGGCAUGAGAAGCGAGUCGGAGACCCUGCGAGAUCAGAGCUAUGGAAUUGGUGGCCUAUGGAUCAAGAGAGAUUGA